AUGAGUCACUUAAAUUAUAUAUUAAGUCCACUAGACCAAUUUGAGGUAAGAAACCUUUUAUCAAUAAAUGCUAACUUAUUAGGUAAUUUACAUUUAUCAUUAACUAACAUAGGAUUAUAUUUAACAAUUAGUAUUUUUUUAAUAUUAACAUAUAGUUUAUUAGCUACUAAUAAUAAUAAAAUAAUACCAAAUAAUUGA